CUGAAUCUACAUCUGCAUCUACUUUAGCUAUAGCAAAUUCUUCAUCCACAUCUAAUUUAGUAGCUUCAACUUCAUCUGCAUCCAAUGAAAGAGUAUUUACUAGUGCUAGAAAAACAAAAUCAUCUGAUGUGACAGAGGCAGUAAAACGUUUCAAUAAUAGAUCUGAUGAUAACAAUGAUAAAUUUGAAUUAUUAGAUCCCGAUAGUGAUAUAGAUGAAAGUAGUGAAGGUGAAUUAAUUGAAAGCGAUAAUGAGAAUGAAGCCAUGGAAUUGUCUGAAUCAGAAUCGGAAUUCACAACCGAAAGUGAUACAGAUAGUGAAAAAAUAUUAAAGAGUUGGGAUUUAAAGAUGAAGACAAAGAUUUCAUUCUCAAGAUCGGCUAAAAUAGGAAAUUCAAGUGGAAUUAGUGUUAAAAAGUGA